UAAAAUAAAAGAGGUUAUAAAACCGGCAUGCAAUAAUAUUGUAAAGAAAAGAUAAAUAACAUUUUUCUAUUGAAAUUAUAAUAAAUUUAAAAUACAAACAUGGACUAUCAACAAUUACAAGCAUAUCAACAACAAAUAUUAAAUCAGGCCUUGAAUGAGGGUCUUAGACGUAACAGUGAACAAACUAAAAUAUGGACAGAUUACAAAAAACGUCAUGUAAAAGUAAUUGAAGGAUUAAAAGUAUUGCCAAAUAAUUUAUCAGUUAAUUGUAUGGUUCCAAUUGGCAAAAAAGCAUUAAUGAAAGGAAAAAUAGUUCAUACAAAUGAAAUAAUGGUUUGUCUUGGUGAUGGAUACUUUGUUAAAUACAGUGCACCACAAGCAAUUGAACUUUGUAAUCGUAGAAUUAAAAAAGCUGAUGAAAUGAUAAAUGAAUAUAAAAAAGAAAAAGAUUUACUUGAAAUGCGAAAAAUGGUACCUGAAGAUUUCGAGUCAUUUGGUAAUGAUGAAAUGAAAGAUUAUUUUGAACCUUGUUAUGAUGAAGUCAAACCAAAAGGAUCAAGAAUUGCACAUGUAGCAAAAUAUAAAGAGUGUGAAAAAAAAUUAAAUGAUUUGAGAAAUAAAAAAACUGAAGAUGAUCAAUCAGAUGAAGAUUUAUUUAGUCGUCUUGAUGCACUUGAAUUGGAAGAAGAAUUAAAAGAUGAAUUAGAAAGAUUGGAAGAUGAAUAUCCAGAUUAUCAUCAAUUAUAUUUAGAGGGGUAUGAAGAUGAAUCUGAAGUUGAUUCAGAUGAUGAUUCUUAUCAAUCAGAUUAUUCUGAAGAUGCAAUUAAUGAAAUACCACAUAAAAAAUUAUCAAAAAUAAAUCAUCGUCUUCAAGUUUUAAAUAAUGCAAAUUCUUUUGAUGAUGAAUCAAUAAUGGAACCAAUUAAUUUUUUUGAGGCACAUGCUUUAUCAACAACAAAUACAAAUAAGAGUGAUGAUAAAACAGAAGUAAGAGAAAAAAAAGUUGUAUUUGCUGAGCCACAAGUAAAAUAUUUUACUAAUGAAGAUGAAGAAGAAGAAGAAGAAGAAAAAAUAAAUAUUGUUAAUGAAAAACGUAGAAUUUCAGUUAUUGAACAAAGAAUAUAUGAAUGUUCAAAACAAGAUGAUGAUUCUGAUGAUGAAAUUGAAGAUGCUGACACAUCAAUUGAAUAUCAUCAUGAAGAAAAUAUUGUAUCUGAUACUGACGAUAAUCAAACGCCAACAUCUCAUGAUAUUCAAUCUUUACCUACUCCAAAAUCAAUAUUAAAAAAAAGAUUAGAUGUUAAUAUUAAUCAGCAAUCUUUGGCAUCAUCAGCCAGCAGCAUCACAACUGUUGAAGAAGAAAUUGAUGAUCAACAAGAAGAAUUAGUAUCAGCUUACACUACGAUUGUUAAAGAUAUAACAGAGCAUGCUGAAUUAAAAAUGCCGAGCCAGAUUAAAGAGGAAGUUGAGCAAAAAAGGCCAGUUAGCAAAUUUAAAAUGGAAAGAGCUGGAGCACUCAGGAAGUAAAUUAUUCAUAAUUUUUAGUUAAUUUUUUUUUAUUUUUCUUUUUUGCUACUGAAAAUUUAUAUCAGCUGUUAAUUCUUCUGUUUUAUAUUUUUUCAAAUGUAAUUUUUUAAUCAUCAAAUCUUCAGAUAAGAGUAUUUUUUUUUUUUUUUCGAAAUAAAUGUCAAUUUUAAUGGAAAAAAUAAAGACAAUAUUUGUAUAAUAAAAUGAGUUCAUUGUCUACAAUGAGUUGUAUGGAACAAUGGUCUUUCAAAUAGCUAAA